AUGGCCAACCUCCGCAAAACCCACCCAAUUAUUAAAAUUGCCAACAAUGCAAUCGUAGACCUUCCUGCCCCUUCAAACAUUUCUGUUUGGUGAAAUUUCGGCUCUCUCUUGGGGUUGUGUUUAGCUGCACAAAUCCUUACAGGCCUAUUCCUAGCCAUACAUUAUACCUCUGAUAUCGCAACUGCAUUCUCUUCAGUUGCUCACAUCUGCCGUGACGUUAACUACGGCUGACUUAUCCGCAAUAUACACGCUAACGGCGCAUCUUUCUUCUUCAUUUGUAUUUACAUACAUAUCGCCCGCGGUCUCUACUACGGAUCUUAUCUAUACAAAGAAACAUGAAACAUCGGAGUCGUACUUCUACUCUUAGUUAUAGCAACUGCCUUUGUAGGAUACGUCCUGCCCUGAGGGCAAAUAUCAUUUUGAGGGGCUACAGUUAUUACCAAUUUAAUAUCAGCUGUACCUUACGUAGGAAAUGAUUUAGUACAGUGAGUUUGAGGGGGCUUUUCAGUCGAUAACGCCACCCUAACCCGCUUCUUCGCAUUCCAUUUCCUCCUACCCUUUAUUGUAGCUGCUGCCACCCUGAUUCACCUCGUCUUCCUUCAUGAAACAGGCUCAAAUAACCCCGCAGGGUUAAACUCAGACACUGACAAAAUCUCAUUUCACCCCUACUUCUCCUAUAAGGAUUUAUUAGGGUUCGCAGUGCUUCUUAUUGCACUAACAUCCUUAGCCCUAUUUAACCCCAACCUACUUGGGGACCCUGACAACUUCACCCCUGCAAACCCCUUAGUCACUCCCCCGCACAUUAAACCUGAGUGGUACUUUCUCUUUGCAUACGCCAUCCUACGCUCCAUUCCUAAUAAAUUAGGAGGAGUACUAGCCCUUCUCUCGUCCAUCUUAAUCCUUAUGCUCGUCCCUAUUCUCCACACGUCUAAACAACGAGGAUUGAUAUUCCGACCCAUAAGUCAACUAUUAUUUUGGACCCUUGUAGCAGACAUACUUAUCCUAACCUGAAUUGGAGGAAUGCCCGUUGAACCCCCUUACAUCAUCAUCGGACAGGUUGCAUCAGUUGUCUACUUCCUUAUUUUUAUUAUCCUGGCCCCCUCAGCCGCAUGGACAGAAAACAAGAUUAUAAAAUGAGCAU